AUGGCUUCCAGCUUUAAGAAGACAAAGGUGGCCUCCACCAGCCAGAAGAAAAAGGUGGGUCCUAAGCCCGAACUCACUGAAGACCAGAAGCAAGAAGUUCGGGAAGCGUUUGACCUCUUCGAUGCCGACGGAAGCGGGACCAUCGACGUGAAGGAGCUCAAGGUGGCCAUGCGAGCGCUGGGCUUUGAGCCCAGGAAGGAAGAGUUGAAGAAAAUGAUCUCCGAGGUGGACCGGGAGGGCACGGGCAAGAUCAGCUUCAACGACUUCUUGGCCGUGAUGACUCAGAAGAUGUCGGAGAAAGACACCAAAGAAGAAAUCAUGAAGGCUUUCAGGCUCUUCGACGACGACGAGACCGGGAAGAUCUCCUUCAAGAACCUCAAGCGAGUGGCCGCCGAGCUCGGGGAGAACCUGACGGACGAGGAGCUGCAGGAGAUGAUCGACGAAGCGGAUCGCGACGGAGACGGCGAAGUGAACGAGGAGGAGUUCCUCAAGAUCAUGAAAAAGACCAACCUCUAUUAA